AUGUCGAUAGAGGAGAGUGCAUGCGAGAAGCACUUCAGCGACACGACGAUCCAAGAGAAGGAUGGCAGAUUUGUCGUCAGUCUACCAAAGAAGGAGUCAGUAAUUUGCAAACUUGGUGAAUCGAAAGCGACCGCGUUAAAACGAUUUUUGGGCAUCGAAAGUCGUCUGAUGGCAAAUGAAACCCUAAGGCUCCUCUAUACGGAAUUCAUUCAUGAAUACAUGCUUAUGGGCCAUAUGGUAGAAACAAAUGAUUAUGAAGCUGAAGGGCGAACAUAUUACAUGCCGCAUCAUGCUGUCAUCAAGCCUGACAGUACCACAACGAAACUUCGCGUUGUGCCCUGUCGUUCAGGAGGAUCUCCUCACGAUUAUACUUCGUUUUCGCUGCCACAUGAUCGCCGUAGUGGCCGACGUCGCAAAGAUGUGCAAAGAAUCCUUUGGCGAGAUUCUCCUAGCGAUCCUGUCAAGAGUUAUAAACUCACCACGGUGACGUACGGGACAGCAUCUGCCCCAUAUCUGGCGACGAAAUGCUUGCAAACCCUGGCAAAGCAAGGAUGCCAGAGCUACCCCAUCGGAGCGAGAGCAGUAGAUAAAGACUUUUAUGUCGACGACAUGCUAUCGGGGGCAGAUUCAAUUGAGCAAGCACGCGAGCUGGUGUCACAAACAAGCCAGCUUUUGAAAUCAGCAGGUUUUAUGCUGCGGAAAUGGCGAACUAACAAAAAAGAGGUGCUAAAAGAUCUGCCGCCCCACCUGUGCGAUGAAGAGGGUACCAAAGAACUGGAUUCCUCGAGUGCGGCAGUGAAAACUCUUGGUUUACUGUGGAAUUCGUACAGCGACAAUUUUCGAUUCAAUGUACCAAAAUGGAAUAGCAGUGCUAUCGUCACGAAGAGAGUCGUCCUGUCUGAUGCCGCUCGCAUAUUCGACCCGCUAGGCUUGGUAAGUCCUGUCGUUAUCCUAGCGAAGGUAUUUUUACAAGAUUUGUGGAAGGAAAAGAUUGAGUGGGAUAUGCCAUUACCUGAAGAGUUCGAAGCAUAUUGGUUGGAGUUUCGGAGAAAUAUGAUGAGCCUUGAUACCAUCACUGUACCGCGUUGGAUUGGUGCCAGCUCAAAAUGUAUAGAAGUGGAGUUGCAUGGGUUCUGCGAUGCCUCCGAGAAGGCAUACGGAGCCUGCAUUUACCUGAGAAGUGUAUGGGAUGAUGAUACCGUAGCCGUACGUCUGCUAACGUCUAAAUCCAAAGUUUCACCGUUGGAAGAUUUAAAGAGGAAGAAGAAGAAACAGUCUAUUUCACGCUUAGAGCUGUCGUCUGCGAUGCUAUUGAGUCACCUGUAUGAAGAGGUCAGAAGCACCAUCUCCUUUGGUUCCAAGGUUACGUUCUGGACCGACUCCAUGAUCGUUAAGUGCUGGCUAGCUUCGACUCCAUCUCGCUGGCAGCCGUUCGUAGCUAACAGGGUCUCUGACAUCCAACAUCACACGAAAGGCAGUACAGUAUUUUUUUAA